AGUUUGUUAUUGGUGUUUUGUUUUAAAAUUAUUAUAUAAUGGUUUUUUUUAUUGAUGUAGUAGCACGGAGGAAUACUGGAAAAGGCAGGAUGCAGUUCAAGUUAUGGCUCAAAUUUAGUAGAACUUCUACUAUUAAUAAUUAUUUUUCAGUCUUGAAAAAUGACAAUCCCUCAUUUUUUUUCUUCAACAACUAAUUUGGGAUAGACUUGGACUUGGAGGGGAAGUUAACGUGGGGAGCUAGAGCAGCAGGAUUCCAAGGUUGUAACUUGGUGGUUGGUUUGAUGGACUUGUGAUUUUUGAACUUUUCCUCACAGAGAUGAGGCUUGAGGAUGCUGAGAGGAGCAUGGACUAGAUCAAGCUGCAGCUAGCUUUGGGCUUUAGUCGAAAUUUUCUGCAGGUUCCACUUCUAUAGUUCUCCGAGAUGGUUUCAUGACAGGGUUGCAAGCAAAAUGAUUCCUGAUAAAUGUAGAAUGAUGUUUACUAGCAUCAUAAACACAUAAAUCUAAGGAGGUCAUUCAUGUUUUUGCUACUGAGCAAACCAAGAAUGAAGAAUUAACUAAUUAUUAGCCAUUUCUUCAAUAGUAGGGUGCAACUUUUUAUGUAAACAUUUUUUGAUGCAUAAUAAAGUGCUACUGGAUAAUCUAGAGUUGGACCUUUCAAAACAAUGUAUCCAUUUAUUCUUGGUGUUGUGAAAGGGGAGGCAGUUGUGAGCAAUAGACAUAGAGUUGAUUUGUUCAUAGAAGAAUUAUCCAGAGACUUUUUGGAUUCCAGGAGAAGAAGGAAAAUGAUAAAUUUAAUGAGAAUUUGAGCAUAAAUGAAAAUAGAGAAUCAGAAGAAGAAGAUGAAGAAGUAGAGGAGCUUAAUAAUAAUAAUAAUUUAUUUGCUGGUAGUUACUGGUUUUGCCAUUGUUUAUUGUUCAAUAUAUGCAGUUAAAAGAGAAACAUCUGGAGAAAGGGUAACCGAAAGGCAGAGCAGCCCCUAAAGGUAUGCUACUUCUAAUCAGCAGGUGCAUAUUCUUCAACUUUGCUUAGUUUUGCUGAUUUUAAUGUGCUAGAAAUUUUGGCUUAACCUAUUUUUCUGUUUCUGCUCAAUCCAUGGUAUUCUUUUUUUUUCUUUUUCAAUACUUUAUGACUUAUUGUUCUCUUUCUACAUAUGAGUUCUCCAAAAUUUAUGAGCUUCAUACCAUUUAAAUUCAUAUUAUAAUGUUGAUGGGAUAUACACUAACGUGGAUGAGCCAUAAGCUGAGGGUUUAUUGGGUGGUAGAUGAAGCGCUCUAGUGCAGUGGAGCUAUGCUUCAGGAUUGGCUUUUAUUUCUCUCAUCACUGAUCCUAGGCAUACUGAUUGAAAUUGAAGUUCACACCUUGGUGACCUUGACUUGUAAUCAAUUUGGCUUCUUUCCUGAGAUACCAACAGUUACAUGUGGGCCAUUGAUUUUUUGCAGUGUUUCUUAGCUAUCAGCUUCAAUGCUACAACUGUUGUCAGUGUUCAGAAACUUUUGAUCGCAAGAUCUCUUCAAAGAUCUUAGGACAUGGGUUUUUUAUUUUCAUGGAGCUUGGUUGUUUAACAAUGGAGGUUGGGCUCACUUGGCCUAGUCCAAGGACCUUGGACUUCUAAUUUUCAUGGAGCUUGGUUGUUUCUAUAUAUGGAGUUGGGGUUUACUUGGUAUAGUCUAAGGACUUGGAAAAGUUGCAUGAGGCUGAUAGUUUGGACAAUCACAUUACAUUUCAGUUCGACCUGAUUUGGUAGUGAGUGAAGAUGGGUUUUUCUAUAUGCCUUCUGCUAUCGGCCCCCUUCCGAGUCCAAGCAUUUGUAUUGAAAGAGUCAUUGGGUUCUGCAGCAAUACCUGUUAGAAACUCUCCAUCCACUACCAUUGCAAGAAGAUCUCCAUCCUAAAUGAGACUGGGAAAUUUAUGCAAGGAUAAUUGGCCUUCUAUGAUGUUUGCAAUGGCAGGAGGGAUGGUACUUAGCCUUGGAAAUCUCUCAACUCAGUAUGCUUGGGCUUUUGUUGGCUUAUCAGUCAUAGAAGUGAUCACUGCAAGCAUAACAGUUGUUAUAGGAACAACCUCGAAUUACUUUUUAGACAAUAGAAUUAAUAGAGCCGAGAUCCUUUUCCCUGGCGUUGGCUGCUUCUUGGUUACAGUUUUCCUUGCUUCUACUGUCUACUCAUCUAAUGCAACUGAUAAUAAAGAAAAGCUUGAAGGUUUUUCAUCUAAAGAGGGGUGUUUGGGAAAAACACUCUCAUUGGACUGUCCAUAUGUUUCUUUGCUGGUGUUUGCUUUUCUCUAUUCUCACCAGCAUUCAACUUGGCAACAAAUGAUCAAUGGCAUACAUUGAAAGAUGGGGUUCCUCACUUGGUUGUCUACACUGCAUUCUUUUACUUCUCAGUAUCUUGUUUUGUCCUUGCUAUAAUCCUCACAUCACAUUCCUUUACUACCCUGUGCUGGACUUUACCAAAAUCAUCAUUCAAGGCUUAUAUGUUGAAUAUUUAAGACUACUUGAAUACUUUAAGAACAUUUUGUUGUUGAAGACAGUGUUGAAUGUUUUAAACUAAUUUGUGGAUUGUUAAUAUAAUGUUGAAUGUUUUUACUA